UUCCUGUUGAUGUUGGUGUUUUGAGUUUAGCAGACUGCUUUAUUGAAAGUGAUGGCAUAUGAUGAAAAAUUGUCUUUUUGUCUGCACGCUCUGCCUUUCCUUGGGUUUUGUCUUAAAUUUCUUUAAACUUGAUGAAAAUUUUGAUUUUAAUGAGAAGAAAUAUGGUUAUUUCAACGAGUCGGAGAGAAUCGAACUUUUACAAGCAGCUAAAAAUAUGUUUUAUUUUGGUUAUGACAACUACAUGAAGUAUGCUUAUCCUGAAGAUGAGUUGGACCCAAUAGACUGUGAAGGGCACGGACAUGACCAUGACAAUCCAUCCAACAUCAAUAUUAAUGAUGCCCUUGGUGACUAUAUGCUAAGUCUGGUUGAUACAUUGGAUACACUUGCGAUAAUGGGAAAUAGUACAGAAUUUAAGAAUGCAGUACAGAUUGUGAUCGAUAAUCUUGUCUUCAAAUCAAACACGGUACAAGUUUUUGAAGUAACUAUAAGAAUGUUAGGUGCCUUAUUGUCAGCUCAUCUAAUCAUUACUGACACAGAACAGCCAUUUGGUAACAUGAGUAUACCUGGAUAUGAUAAUGAACUAUUAUACCUGGCUAAUGACCUAGGCACCAGGUUACUUCCAGCUUUCGAAAACACAAAGACUGGAAUCCCUUAUCCUAGGGUGAACUUAGAGAAUGGUGUGCCAAGUGACUGUGUCAAUACAACCUGUACGUCUGGGGCAGGGACUCUUGUGUUAGAAUUUGCCGUUUUGUCCAGAUUAUUGGGUGAUCCUAUAUAUGAAUCUUAUGCCAGAAGAGCAGUUAAAAAUUUAUGGCAGCUAAAGUCUAAUGUUACAGGAUUGUUAGGAAGUGUUUUAAAUAUCCAGACAGGUGAAUGGACAGGAGAAAUGAGUGGUUUAGGAGCAGGUCAUGAUUCAUUUUAUGAAUAUCUGUUAAAGAGUUAUAUAUUAUUUGGAGAAAUAGAAGAUUUAGAAAUGUUUAAUGAAGCUUAUGAAACAAUAAAAUUCCAUUUACGCAGAGGGAGAUUAAAAUGUAAUAAUGGUUCAGGUUAUCCCCCUUUAUAUGUUAAUGUACAUAUGAAAACAGGAGAUACUGUUAAUAAUUGGAUUGAUUCGCUGCAGGCAGCAUGGCCUGGUAUUCAGGUUUUAAAUGGAGACAUUGAAGAAGCUAUAUGUUCUCAUGCCUUAUUUUAUUUUAUAUGGAAAAAGUAUGGAUUUUUACCAGAAAGAUACAACUGGAAUUUACGGGUACCAGAAGUUAUGUUUUAUCCACUGAGGCCAGAACUUAUUGAAUCCACAUACUUCCUUUAUCAAGCAACUAAAAAUCCAUUCUACCUCCAUGUUGGAAAGGAAAUCCUUCAAAAUAUUAAUACCUAUGCAAAAGCAGAAUGUGGUUAUUGUACAGUGCAUGAUGUCAAUACAAAGGAAUUAGAAGACAGAAUGGAAAGUUUCUUCCUUAGUGAAACUUGUAAAUAUCUAUACUUGUUGUUUGAUGAAGACAAUCAUUUAAACAAACAUGCUUCAAAAUAUGUGUUCACAACAGAAGGACAUGUAUUCCCUAUAGAUAAAAGGUUUAGAGUAAAACCAUGGGAGGAUACACAGACUGAGGAGAAGGAGAAAGAAAGUGUUACAAAAGUUAUGAGUGUGGUGAAUGUAGCAGAUAAUUCUACUUUCAAUUGUGAUACCAUUCCAGAUGAUCGUAAACAUUUUCUACCACUAAGAAGUCCAUAUUUUGAACAGCUUCAGAGUGCAAUUGGUAUAGAUUGAUAUGUACCUGUUUUAGGUCAUUUAAUUUAUUAACUGUGGAUUAAAACUCCUGCCAAUAUUUUAGUAUCAAAUAUAUUCUAUUUAAAUCAUAUAGAACUUUACUUGACAGCACUGAAUAUAUGUGGAUAUUUUAAGAUCACUUAAAGCCAAUUUCUUUUUUUAGCUCUCUUUAUUGUAGCACAUGGUUAAGGUUAUUCAUCCAGUGUAACUGAAGAGAUCGUUACAAUUACACAGGUUCCAAUUUACAUUUGUUAAAUUACUAAAUAAUAUUCACUCAUGUCGUAAUACAAGGGUUCAGUUUAGACAGGUAUUUGGUUUACACAGGGUUUGCUAUGGACAGGUCUCACUGUAUUUAAAGUACAUAGUGGUCACAUUGGAUGAUCACUGCUUUAGCAAUGUUACUUGAGAGUAGAUAUUAAGAGAAGAAAAGAAGUUGCUUUUUAUUAUACAAGUCCAUAUUUCUGAUUUAUUUAAAAUAAUCUUCUAAGAAAUGUUCAUAGAUUCAUUACUUUCUAAAGUUAUAAAAUGAUUUUGUUAUGUUGAGAAUGUCUUUUUAUGCAAUUAUUUUCAAAUCACAGCAGAUCUCAAUUUUUAUUUCUUCAUUACACAUGAUUUGCUGAUAAAAAUGGAUAUUAACAGUGUGAUUAAAGGCAAGAAAAUAAACUGUUGUUACCAUGUUUUUAUUUUAUGUAAUAAGUAUAUUGAACAUAUAUUCUACUGCAUUAGAUAACUUGAUUUAUGUUAUUGUUGCAACUUUUAAUUUGUGCCAAUUUAAAAUAAAUAUGUAAAUGAAAAACAGCAAUAUUAAUAAACAGGGAGGAAAUUCAAACUUUGUGAUGUUUUAUAUUUAUUCGAGAUACAUUUCAGUCUGACACUUAAGAUUAUGCUCAAUUUUAUUUGCGAGAGCUUGAAUUUAAUCUCACAAGACCAUUUUAAAUUUAUGCCUGGUAGAUUUUUAUGCCCCAUUUAUGGGCAUUAUGUUUUUCGGUCUGUGUGUCUGUUCGUUCGUCUGUCCGUUCGUUUGUCCCUCUGUCCCGCUUCCGGUUAAAGUUUUUGGUCAAGGUAGUUUUUGAUGAAGUGGGAAGUCCAAUCAACUUGAAACUUAGUACAGAUGUUCCCUAUGAUAUCAUAUUACUAAUUUAAAUGCCAAAUUAGAGAGUUUUGACCCCAAUUUCACGGUCCACUGAACAUAGAAAAUGAUAGUGUGAGUGGGGUAUCCAUGUACUAUGGACACAUUCUUGUUUUUCAAUAUUUUUUUUCUGUUGCAAUUUGAAAAGUAUACAAUUUUUCCAUAUAUACCAACUAGCUCUAAGAUAUUUUAGAAAAAAAUGUGGGUAUAAAAUCACCAGUAACUUUAAAUGCUUAACACCUUAGUUAAGUAGCUAAGAUUAUAAUGCUACUGUGGAUUCAUUAAUUUUUUGUGGUUUUGAGAAAAUUGUGUUUAUGAAGAAAAUUGUUAAACUAAUUCAAAAGUAUGUAAGAAAUUUGUAUUUAAAAAAACAUAAUAAUUUUACCAAUCACCUACUUGUAUAUCCUUAAAAUUUACAAAAGAAGUACCCCACAAUAACCUGUAUUUGUGUCUUGCAUGUAAUUGUCCUGAAAUUUCCAUCAUCAUUUAUGUAAUAUAUAGCUGAAUUGCAAAGAUUUAAGGGCAUACGAUACAGUUUUGAUCCCAUAUUGAAAUUUUGAUAAAAAUUUGCAUGUAGGCUAUUUUUUACCUGAUUAAAUCAAAUAUGUAAUAAAAAAAUAUCCCUUCAUGUGCUACUUUUUGAGUAAAUUGAGGUUCAAAUUUCAGAUAUUUCCUCAAAAUACGGAUUUAUGGACUUAUUUAUCCUUUCGAUAGAAAUACAUAACUUUUUUGUUUUAAAAGAUAAACACGAGCUGUUUUUUGUUAAAUUAUUUGUAAUGUAUGUGUUAUAUAAAUAUUGUAUAAAUUUGUACAUUUUAUUUUUAUAAAUAACUCAAAUUUCUCAAAUGUUCAUGAAUGUAGAAAAAAAACGUCAUUUUUUGCUGUAUAAUAAUCAAAUUAAAAAAAAUUGCACUAUUUACGUUUUCAUGAAAAUUGGUACACAUAAUCUUCUUACGUAAUCAAACCAAAUGUCAUUUUAAAAAAGAGGGGUCCAUGAACUCGUUUUGAAGUUAAAUCAGUUUGAAUGAUAAAAAUCAGCCGAAAACUGCAUCUUUUCCGGAUAAGUCAACGUUUGACGUCGCGAAAAUAACAAUUUACGUUAGCAACGUCAUUACCUCCCCUGUAACUGUAUUGUAUGCCCUUAAAUGCAAGUCUAUUCAUCUUAGAUCUUUAUUAUAAAUGUAAUUAGGAAUUAAUGUAUACUGGAAGGUUCUAGAUGUAUUUCUGUAUACAAGGCAGUUUUGGUCCAUUUGUUAAUGCCAUUGUUCACCCCACUUGCCAAACUGUCAUGUAUUAAUACACGAUUUCAUUUUAUUCCAUGAUAUUAUUUGUAUAUAUCAUAUGUUUUAUUUUGAUAAAGGAAAACAGUAUUUCAAAUAAGUUUAGUAUUGUGUAUUUUUUUUAUGUUUAAAAUGUGACUAGGAGAAAUCAAUUUUUAUUCAGAAGAGUUCUAUUAUAAUCUUACACAAAAAAUUUUAAUGAACCAAAUAAAUGUUCCAUAUUAAUGGCAAUAAUUGAAAAUUAAUGUUACUUUAGUUUUUCACCAAGUGAUGUUGUUUAAGUUAAUUGACUUGUUUAUGCAAGUCUGAUUGUCCAGUAUUUCAUCCAUCAAGCAAGUCAAAUAUCUCAAUUGUACAAUUUGUUAACCACAAUAAAAAAAAUAUUGCAGACGUUAAAUGUUAAAUUAAUUUUUUUGAUGAAUAUUUUGAUUAUGUGUUGUUUAACUUUCUGUGAGUAGUCCAAAUUUUUACAGAUACAAUAUUUAUAUAUAGAUAAGGUAUACUACGCCAGUUCCAGGAUACGGUAGUUAGUUGAAUCUGUCAGUGACUUCCAUCACCAAGUGACCAAAAUGUAGGAAUUGUCACUUCCAACACAUAUUGAGCGAUCCGUGAAAAAGUUUUAUCUAAUACUACACAAAAUAUUUGGGGAAUUAAAAUCUAAAAAGUUGGUUACCCUCCCUUUAGUCAUACAGGAAUUAAGAUUACGUACUUACGGAACAUUAAUUAUUUCUAGACUACCCUGCAGAAUGACGAUUCUGAAAGUGCUUGAAACUGUAAUAGAGCAGGGAAAAAGCAGCGCCUUCUAUCUGGUAAAUGACGUCGUGCAAAAUUGACGAUUUUUCCAGUGAAAGACAUGAUUUGAGAAAUGGCCUAAAGGACCCAUUAUUUAGCCACUUAUAAUGUAAAUGUAGACAGAAGUAAAAAAUUUCAAUUCUUUUGAAUGCUUCUUUUUCUAUAAAUCUCAUUUGGGUGUAAAGGUAUUGACUGAAACAUGUUUUAAAAUUAAAAUGUGCACUAGGUCAACACUAUUGCAGCCCUAUAAAGUUUAAUUUUCAUUUCCUAUU